UACUUUUCUACCCACAUCUUUCUCCUAAUUCCCUCUAGUACCCACCCCUCGAACAACAAAUCCACAAUGCAGUUCAAGAGCCUUAUCGCUGUUACCGCUCUCGUUGCUUCGGCCUUCGGUGCCAUCGACUGGACCUCACCCGCUACUCUCGCCUGUGCCAAGCAGCACUGGGCUGAGAUCAAGGCAAAGGCUGACCCCCUGCUUCCUUCGGCUGGUCUGCUUCUGACUCCCGAGCAGCGUGCUAAGCUGUCGUCGCUUCUUUCGGGCCAGUCAACCAUGCCCUCCAACCCCACCGACGCGUGGCUCCUGGAGCUGCCCAACGCCAUCCCGCCCAGCGUUCUGAACCUUGUCAGCGGUACCAUCAUCACCAACUGCCUGGCUACCUAUGUGCCCCCUGCCUCUACCACCUCGGCACCUGCUCCUACCACCAAGGCUCCUGGUACCACCACCACGGCGCCUGCUCCCACUACCAACGCGCCCACCCCUACCUCGACGGCUCCUCCCAAGUGCGGCCACUAGAUAGCCAUGCCGCUAACCUCUAGCCACAUGCCUUCAUGUGUGAUAAAGCUCUGUUCAAGAAGGUCUACUAGAUAGGAGUGUCUGGCUAAUGCCUAAGCUGCCCCACACAUUGUGCAAUUCGAAUAAUA